AUUUAUUUAUUUUAAAACGAGGCAAAAGACUUGCAAUUUCAUUGAUUAAGAGAGAGUAAGAAUUGCCAGGUUAAUUUGCGGAAAACCAGGCUAAAACCGAUACAACUCAACCCAGAAAAUGGAUACCACCGGCCAACCUGGCCACAUGCCAACAGAUGGCCACACACGCCAACGAACAACAACUUCGACUUUGAUGACAAUCUUUGGAAGGGAAAUAUGCAGGGCUUGCCCCGACCGAGUCCUCCGCGAACGACCGCUGAGUGCCUGUCAUCGUCACCACUUGGACACAAUCCACCGUAGCUUCGACUCCACAACAACCAAGCAACCACGGAAGAGCACAUUGGACACGCCGGAUAGACCGACUACCAAAGCCCGUGCCGCGACCCCAACUCAUCUUGGCGCCAUCAUCAUUGCCCAACAGACAUUGUCGCCCCUGGCCUCGACGAACCAGCCACCAAUAACCAUCGGUCUCCUAGUUGCAGUCCGCUUCAAGAGGAUGCCCCCGAGGAGAAAGGCGCUAGCACGCCUCCAUCCAGAUGAUCAGAGGUUUCCCUCCGGAGCCAAGGCCGCGGGGAGAGGGGUGACCACACCUCCACAACGACAGUUUCAGGAAAGAUUGCGACACCCACGGGCGCCGCCGUCGUCGAUUCCGGAGAAGAGGAUUUCUCCCAGAGAUGCCUUGACCACCUGCAUCCCACACGACAGACCACCAGCUGCAGCCCACCAACCACCGCAGAACAUGUCGAGGCCGACUUCAAUCUAGGCACGGGACCCCUCGAUCCGCCGUGCCCAGAUGCGCUCCGCCCCCGGGCCGAAGCCGCCACCACCAAACCCGGGGCCGCCGCCCCAGCAACCAGUCCACCACCGCCGACGACAUCACCACCAGAGGAGGUAGACCAGGCCCAUCGGCCCGGAGCUCACAACACUAGAUCCAGAGGCAAGGGAGGGCCUGACCAGAUCGAUGAGCUUGCAGAGGGCCUCGCUGCAAAAGGGCCGGCAGGCAGAGAGCCGCCGGGAAGCCGCAGCCUCGCGCAUCGCCAAGAACCUCCGCCGCCAGAUGGGCCAGGGCCACAUCGAAGGAUGGGGAGGGAGGACGCCACAGUCGCUGGGCAACGAUCCCUCCGCAAGGCACCGCGACACCAACGCCGCCGCAGCAGCCGCGCGCCACGCCGCCUGGUCGGGCUCCGCCAGGGGAAGCCGCCGUCGAGGGGAGCGCCAGAUCCGCCUCCAACUUCUUCCGCCGCCAGACGAAAGAAGAGGAAGAGGAAGACCCCGCCGCCGCCCGGGCUUAGCCCGGCGGCCUCCUCCGGCGAUGGCGAGGGGAAAGGGGGGCGAGCGGGGGCGGCCCGGCGGCGCGGACGAGGGGCUCAUAGCCAUGACCAUGCAUGCAGCUGCAGCUAAUUGAGCUACCUAAUGGCGUGUAGCCAGA